GUUGGACUUGAAGCAGCCAAUCACGACAUCGUCCGAGGUGUCUGCUCUGACUGACUGCUUGACUGGAGGUUAUAUACUCUGACUUUUACUAGUACGGUACAUUUAAACACAAGUACGCAGCGUGGAACGCACACACGAGGAAUCCGCACUGGAGAUCUUGUUAUCACCUUUGUUGUUGUUGUUUUGAAAUCCGACGGUUUUUGUGUCCUAUGGGGGAAAUGUCUCACGCCCAGUUAUCGAGCAUCGCCAUGGAACGGCUGGUGGCCCGGAGGACCUUCCCCCUCCACAAGCGCACCGGCGUCUGCCGAAACCUCUUCGGACCGGUGGACCACGACGAGCUCAGCCGGGAGAUGAACAUUAAACUGCGGGAGAUUUCCGAGCGCGACCGGCAGCGAUGGAACUUUAAUUUCGAGGAAAACACCCCUCUGGAUGGAGACUACCAGUGGGUGGAGGUGUCCUCGGAUAACAUCCCGGCGUUCUACCAGGGCUCGUCGCAGCUCAGCGUGCCCGCGACGCCCGUCAAGCAGCACCCGGAUGCAACGGAGCGUCUGGCCGCGCCCGUGGAGAGCGACGCACCGCCGGCGGAGCUCAACCAGGAGAACCGCGCGGACAAGCUCAACUCCCGGGGGCUUGCCCACAGAAGGGCCGCGUGUGGGGGACGGAAAAGGCCGACAGCCCCGGAGGACGACAACACGCACAUCACAGAUUUCUUCGUGAAGCGAAAAAAGGCCGCGGAGAGAAAGUGUGUGGAGCUGAGCAAUCACUCCAAGUCGCCCAUUCCCAUGGAGCAAACCCCCAGGAAGAGAAUCCGUUGAAGGUGGAUUUUUGCACUACUACUACUUGCCUGGGCAUGUUUGAGGAAUACUUGGAGGAAAGAAAGAAAAAGAAAGUGGUGGGUGGACAACAGUCGGUUGCCCCCCUUCCAACCCCGGUCUGGUGGAGGAGCCCUGGCCGGACACAGGACCUCCACCGCCGGCCUCUCAGGACUGAACCGGUCGGGCUUUCUGGGUGGGGAAGGUGGGGCAUUUUUUUUCCUCUAUCCAGUAAAAAUGUAGCAUUCAUUGUUGCUGCCACUUGACAGUGUUAACAGUGUUUUAACAUCUGUGCAAUCCUUAAGAAAAAAAAAAAAAAAAAAGACUUUAAAUUGUCUACACUGGCCAAAAGUGUACAGCUUUAUAGAGACAUCAGCCUAUAAAUAAUGUGUUUUCGGGUUUUGUUUUCUCCUGUAAAGUAUAUUUUUAAGACUAUUUUAACUUAUAAUUUAUUUAUGUUUGUUUUGUACGUGCUAAGUGAAUUCUUGAUUUAUCCUUAUUUCAUAUGAUUAUUUUAUUUACUUAAUUUUUUUAUUGGUGGUGUAUUUGCAAUCAUGUAGCUUGUAGCGUACACUAUAUAGUCUUUGUGUCUCUGAGCCAUUUUUUUUUUUUUUUUUUUUUUUUUUUAAAGUUCUCCAUGCAAGUGCCCUCAUGAGCAAAAAAAAUGAUGAGAAUAAAAUGUUUUU